UUCCAAAUACACUGUACGUACUAUGAUAUUGUCUAUUUACUUUAGCAAGAAAGCACACCGUGUGUUGUUGUGUCUGCUACCAGUGGUAGUAUAUUUUACUAUAAGAAGACAGACAAGGAUGUUUCUCUCACGCUCUUAAGGCUUAUUACUGUUAAUUAAAGAGUAAGGACAUUGAAAUAUAAUAUGAAAUUCCGCGGAGAAGUUGUCGAGUUCAUCCGUCCGUUCGAGACACGUUACAAGUGUGCAUCCUGUGAGAAUCCAUUGACAGAUGCUGUGCAGACAGCAUGUGGACAUCGUUUCUGUGACCUGUGUGCUGUUGAGCUGCUUAAAAGGACGAUGCCUUGCUGUCCACAAGACGGUGAACCACUUUUAUCCAGUCAGAUUUUCAAUGAUAUGUGUGCAAGGAGAGAAGUGUUGCAGUUAUCAAUUUACUGUCCACAGAAAUCAGAAGGAUGUGAUGCUAUUUUAUCACUUCAAGAUCUUGAGGUGCAUCAGGAGGAAUGUUUGUACAGACUAUGUGAUUGCCCACAAUGCAAGAUGAAACUGAUGAGGUUAGCCCUACAUCAGCAUCUUGCAGAAGCAUGUCGCCAUAAGCUAGUUAAAUGUUCAAGCUGCGAUGGAAGUGUCCCAUUCUUUACACUGGCGGACCAUGGAUUAGAGUGUUCAGAGGUUGAAGUAGAGUGUCCUCAUAAAUGUGGAACUACCAUACUCAGGAAGGAUCUGUUGCAGCAUGUUCUUGAGUGUCACAUGAGACCAAUGAAGUGCAAAUACUCUGCAUUUGGCUGUGAUUAUGUGGAUGUAGUUAGCCAAGUUGGUGAUCAUGAAAAAUGCAAGGUUCCAGAGCACCUACUCCAGAUCACUGAGCAUUUUGCCAAAGCUGACCUGAACAGUGCUGAGCUGAAGACUGAUCUGGAGGAACUGCUAAAUGAGCGUGAAAUGUUACUCAGUGUCAUAAAAAAGCAAGAUGCAGAAAUAUCUCAUCUACAAGGCACUAUAUGCUUGUUAAAUAAGAGCAUAAGUGAUCUUCAGGAAGCUGUGGCUGGUAAUACAAAGAGGCUUGCUGAUAGCAACAAACAAAUACACAUUUCUGUCAACUCCCGUCUGCAAAAAAUCGAGUCAUGGCAGAAAGAAAACCUAGUUGAACUUGAGAAAAUAAAGUCACUGAAGCAAGUAUCAGAGGUGGGAGAUACGGGGGAACAGAAUCUUGGCAGAAGUCGGAUCACUCUCACCACUACCUCAAUAGCUGCCGGCAUUAAUGAUCUUCGCACUGAAGUGAUGAGCAAGUUGGAGGGUUUUGACUUCAGCUACAACGGCUCACUUAUAUGGAAAAUUAGCAACUAUAGAAGCUGCAAGCAGGAUGCUGUCGCUGGUCGCAGUCCCUCACUUAUUAGCCCACCAUUCUACACUAGCAGAUAUGGGUACAAGGUCGGUGGUCGGGCGUACCUGCACGGUGAUGGAGAAGCCAAGGACACCUACGUGUCUUUAUAUUUUGUCAUCAUGAGUGGAGAGUAUGACUUCCUACUCCCUUGGCCAUUUAAGCAGAAGGUUACUUUAACAUUACUGGAUCAAAGCGGAACAGGGCAUCAUCUGGUUGAUCAAUUUCUUCCCGAUGUGAAAUCCAGCUCUUUUCAAAGGCCGACACGUGAAACUAACAGAGCAUCAGGAUGCCCAUUCUUCGUUCAACAGAAAAUACUGGAAAGCAGCAACUUAUACCUUAAGAAUGAUACAAUAUAUAUAAAACUAGAGGUGGAUAAAACGGGACUCAAUGACUUGUAAAAUUUGAAAAAGGCCACUAUAAUGGUAUUUGAUCGUGUUAUAGUACCUCAUUGUAACUAUUCAUAUCAGGAAUCAAAAUAGAAUCUGAUAUCUGACAGCCUAUCAGCGAGGCUUACAAUCUUUUAAUAGCCCACCUUGAAAUAUAAUCACUGAUUUUAUAUAUCUUCAUGCACGGUUUUGCAACUGACUGUUAUAUAUGUAUAAUAUAUUUUAUAAUAUGCUAAAUGCUCGUAAAGUAUAUGCAUCGACUGUUAUUAGACUUGGAAAAGAAACAUAGAUAUGUGGAUCAGUGGUUCACUGUUGUAGCGGUUGAUGGUCGGAUUAAUUUUUAGUAGUUUGUUCAUAGAUGUAAUUGUCUAUUGUGUAGUUAUUUUUCACCAAAUAGAAACUCAAUGUGAAAGGGGUUUCUAUGCCCUUGGGCUUAUAAAUAGAAUUCUGUUUUGGCCGUUUAGGUCACCUAGCUACUUGUAAAUAAAAUAAUAAUAGAUAUAAUAGUCAUUUAUAGAGCAAUGAACAUACAUACUUUCCAUAUUUAUCAUCUGAAAAAUAAUCCACACCAGCUUCAUCAAUAAACUUGAAUAAUUAUAAUAA